AUGAGCACAGGCAGGACACCGGAGAUGGCCAGCCUGAGACCGUACGCAGUCGACCCGCCACUGGACGAUUGGUCCUUCCCCAGCGCUUCCUCCUCUGCGCGCAACCCGCCAAAGUCAUCGGGCAGCAGCAUAAGGCCUCAAGCCUCAUCAGCGAGCGCGGCAGCGGGAAUCCAGUUCACUUCAGACAUUCCACCGGGCAGGGGAAGGUAUGCGCCUGUCGGUCCACCUCAGAGUAUGGUAGCAGGACUAGAAGGGACGGAUGACGGACGACCUUUUCGACCGAGUGAUGCUAUCAAUAUAUUCGUCUACUCUGCUUCCAUCUCUUACGCUUCCGUCGCUGCCGUCAUGCCGUUCGAAGUGGCAAAGCUGUUGCUUCAGAUCCAAUGGGUUCCCAAGGACGAUCAGGAGAUCGUGACGCGUGAGAUCCCUGGUCUGGACGAGGGAGCAGAUUGGCAAGCUCGCGACGAACAAGAGCUUCAUACAGAAGAAGAGACAGAAGCCUACUUUGCCGAUCUCACAACGCGUCCCUUUGCCGCCAGCUUUCACGGGUCCAUACCGCCCGACUAUCCGCUCGGCCAACACGGCACGGGCGCUCUCUCACCUCGUCGAUCAAAGCCCGAUCGUGAUCCUGCUGGCUACAUCAUCAGGCGAUCUAUCUACGAUGAGAACUUGAGACCCGACUAUGUUUUGCCCGCAAGGAUCGAUACGGGCGUUUGGGAUAUGUGCAAAGCCCUCGGAGGCUGGCAACCGGAAGGCUGGAGCAGUCUCUGGAAAGGCUUGUUCACAACUUGGGCGAGCGAUGUUCUCGAGUCGUUCAUGCAUCCUGUCAUAUCCACCAUCUGCUCUACCGCUUUCAACGUUUCCGGACCCUUGGCCAGUCUGCCACUAGUCCAUACGCCCUACCCAGCCCGACCGCUCGCAGUAGCAGUGGGAGCCUACACGCUCACCACCGUCCUACUCUCGCCGCUCGAUCUCGUCCGAACGCGACUGAUCGCCCAAUCUGCCCAAGUUCGCCACAAGAAAUACAGCGGGCUCGUGGAUGCUUUCCAGACCAUUUCGAGAGAAGAAGGAGGAUACUGGGGCAUGUUCAUGCAUUCGCAGCUCCUUCUGCCUACUGUCAUUAGCGGCGUCGUUCGAUCACUUCUCCAGUAUGGCGGUCCCCUCCUCAUCGAGCGUUGGCUGGGCAUCAGUCCGACAGAAAACCCAGUAGCAUUCCUCUUUCUCGAAAUGGCAGUGUCUACCGCAGGCCUACUCAUCACUUUGCCCAUCGAGACGAUCCGGAGGCGCUUGCAGAUCCAAUCUCGUUCUCCCACGAAGCCCGCUCAGGCUACACUAGCGGGUCCUGUUCCGACUCUGAUGCCUUAUAGAGCUUGCGUCGAAAUAAGACCCACGCCUUAUGUGGGCAUGAUUGAUGCCGCUUGGCGAAUCGCAACGGAAGAAACUGGCAAAUUCCCAAGCAAUCAAUCGAAAUCGAUCGCUUCCGUCGGACUCUCCAGCUCUGGCGUAGCGCAACUCUAUCGCGGCUUCACGAUUGGCUUGGGGUUCAAUGCUACUGUUGUCCUACUCGGCCUCAUUACGGGCAAGACGGGUACAGCAGAAUGGUCAGAGAUGUGA